UCAGACAAGGCCUAAAAUUUCAUUCUCUCUCUUCAGAAUUAUUUAAAAAAAUCAAAAACUACUGUAUAAACCUCUCUCUCUUUCUUCUCUCUUUUCUGUUCUCUUCUCUUCUGUCAUCUUCCCUGGUCUCCUCUGAUGUACAUUUGCGUUUUUAUCAUCUCGGAAACCCUAGAUUUCGAAAUCAAAUCUCUCUCUCUUUUCUCUUCUCUUGAGAUUUCCUUUCUCUCCUAGACUAACAGUACUAGUAACAGCUCAAGAUUUUUAGCUUCCUUCUUUAUAGGUUUCACAAAAAAAAAAAAAUCCGCCAUUGUUGUUCUCUUUACUAAUUUGGGGAAUUAGGGUUUACUAUUUCUGGGUAGUUCCUACUCUCUUCUUCAUAAAGUCUCAAUGUUUCAUCUAAAAGGCUCAAAACCCAUUUGAAAAGACUUGUAAUUUAAGGCAUUUAAAUGCAUGGACGGGAGAGAAGCAAUGUCAUUUCCUCACUACUACCUCCAAAGAGGAGCCUUCACCAAUCUCUCCCCUUCCCAGGUCGCGAGUGGUCUCCACGCGCCGCCGCCGCCGGGAAUGAGACCUAUGCCGAACCCUAACGUUCAUCAUCCUCAAGCUAACAACCCGGGGCCUCAUUUCUCCAUGGCCGACCACAGACACUCUGACUUCGGACACAACAUUCACAUGGGGAUGGCUUCCUCUGCUUCUGUGCAGCCGCUGCAGCCGCCACAGAUGGAGCAGCCGUUGGUUAAGAAGAAGCGUGGACGGCCGAGGAAGUACGCUCCUCCUGAUGGACAAGUCUCUUUAGGGCUUUCUCCUGUGCCUUGUUCUUCUGGUGGUAGUAGUAAAGCAGCUAAGGACUCUUCUGCAGUGACUGAUCCAAAUGCUCCUAAACGAGCCAGAGGUCGACCUCCUGGUACUGGAAGGAAGCAACGUUUAGCUAAUCUUGGUGAGUGGAUGAACACUUCAGCUGGACUUGCUUUUGCACCUCAUGUCAUCAGUGUUGGAGCAGGAGAAGAUAUCGUUUCAAAAGUCAUGUCAUUCUCACAGCAAAGACCUCGAGCUCUUUGUAUAAUGUCAGGCACCGGAACAGUUUCUUCAGUCACUCUACGUCAACCCGCUACAACAGAGUCUUCUUUGACAUAUGAGGGACGUUUUGAGAUACUAAGUCUAGGGGGAUCUUAUUUGGUGAAUGAAGAAGGUGGAUCCAAAAGCCGAACAGGCGGUUUGAGUGUCUCCCUUUCUGGUCCUGAAGGUCAUGUUAUUGGCGGUGGGAUUGGAAUGCUUAUUGCAGCCAGCCUCGUUCAGGUUGUGGCUUGUAGUUUUAUAUACGGAGGAGUUAAUAACAGUAACAAGACUAUCAAACAAGAAAAUAAACCAAAGGAAGAGCACAAGGAUAGCGAAAUGGAGACUAAUCCACAAGAAGAAGAAGAAGAAGAAGAAGCACAGGUGGGUCAGGAGACGCCACAGAACUUCUCAGGUCAGGGAAUGAGUGGAUGGCCCGGUUCAGGGGAAGGUUCAGUCUCAGUCUCAGGCAGAUCACUUGACUCUACUAGCGGAAGAAACCUACUCACUGAUAUUGACUUGACUCGCGGAUGAUUCAGAACGAGACAGUAUUUAAUCUUUCUUCCUAUUUUACUACCUUCUUAGCUAUUGAAGCAGCAGCAGCAGCAGCAGCAUACGUGCAGAAUGUGAAUGCUGUAAAUAUCUUCUUUGUUGUUGUAGAUUUUAUCUGAGAAUGUUAAAACCAGAAAUCUCGGAGAAUUGAGACAGAUCUCUGUGUUCCUUGUAACAUUGUUAAUGUAGCAACUAGCUAGACCCCUUUCUUCAGGUUAUUAUUUAAGGAGAUGUUUAACUUUAGCUA